AAUAGGUAUGAAAUUCAGUUUGUAUGACAAGAAAAGUAGAUACCUGUACAUUAUCAAUAGGACGUUUUAAUUCCCCUUAUUGUCUUCUCAAGCUUUGUGAGACUUAUUCAUUUUUUUUCAUUUACAGAAUGAUGUUUGAGUUGAUGAUGGUUUUGUUCUAAUGAAAGGCAAGGGAGAAAGAGGAUGGCAUCCAGGGAGUCUUUUGCUAAAGAUGAUAACUUCUAUAAAAGAGUACUGAACCGAAGCCUAACAAGAUUUGUAGAAGACCUUGACACGACUUCCAUAUUAGACUUGCUUUUAGAAAGAGAUUUUCUGUCAUAUAGUCAAGUUAGAGAUAUUCAAGAGCUGCCUUUAACUUCAACAAGGGCAAGAGAAAUAUUAUCUAAAGUUGCCUCAAGGGGUGAAAAGGGAUACAGAAUAUUUAAAAAGUUAUUGAGAGAGUCAAAGCAAGAACAUUUAGCAGAAUAUUUGGGUCGGCAAGAGAUAGAUUUAGAGAAAAAAUUGAUGGCUGAGAAGAAAAAUGAAGAUAAAGGGAAGCAAGGUGGGUUGCAAGUUCCUGCUGCAACUGUAAAGGCUAAUACAGGUAAAUAGAAUUAGAAUAAACC